UCUGUUGACUAAAAGGUGUUUAGGACAGUGAACGGCAUGUCUUGAUUCGUCGUGAGAAACGGGGUAUCGACCCUUUUCAGACGUAUGGCUUCAUGUAAGUAAGCUUUAGUCUACCAGACAAGUAAGCGAACAGGAAUAAGUAUAAAUUGGUACUAGGCUGCCCUCAACAGUAUAGCAUGAAGAUCCACCGUUGCGAAAUUCGCGAUUAGACUGGUUAUGCCAUCGUCGCCGAAUGACUCUUACUAGAACCUUGGUACGAUGCGGGAAACUAACAAGACACCGGGUCGGUUUGUGCUAUGAAAACCGAAAGCGAAUCUGUGGGGAAGAUGACGGCAAACCGGACGAACUCGUUCGCCCGACCAGCUGAAUAUAAACAAACGACGGAAUAGUCGUAAUACGGACUCCUUUCACCAAGCCAACAGACAACCACCAUUCCAAACUCAGUCAGCUCUAAACCAGGUCUAGAACUAGAACCAGAACUAGAACCAGCACUAGAUCCGUUUCCAAGAUGUCAGAAAUACCAGUCAUCCAAAUCCUCGACAAGAAGAACUACUUCAAACAAGCCCUAGUGCCUUACCCGAACAGCACUUCCCUCCCCCCCCUGACCGCCUCAUCCUUGCGAGUACGGACCGAGGUCCUCAGUGUGACAUCCAACAACUUCACCUACUGCAAGAUAGGCGAUGUCUUCAACUGGUGGGCCGUGCACCCCCUGCCGCCCAAUACUCCGGCGCCGUACGACGACGGCGCCACGUACGGACGCAUCAGCGCCUGGGGGUACGCCAAGGUCAUCGAGUCCACCUUCGCGGGCGUGUCCGCGGGGAGUUACGUGUGGGGGUAUCUCCCAAUCGGGACACUUCCGCUGGACUUCCAAGUGCGCCGAGGCGCCGUCGCGGACCAGGUCAUCGUCACCGAGCCGUACCGCCAGAAGCUGCUGCCCAUCUACAACCGGUACACGGUGUUCCCCGCGAGCGUCGGCGCGCAGAUCGCCGCGAAGACCGACGGGGUGGCCUACGAUUCCUUUCUGAAGCUCAUGCACCUAACCGCGUAUCUCAUGUCGCAGUUCAUGUACUCACCCGACCCGACCCGUUCUUUGAAUUUAACCCCCGCACAAGCGGAUCUCACAGACGCUACUGUCGUCGCGUUCGCGCCCGGGUCCAAAGUCGGGCUCGCAUUCGCGUAUCUCCUGCAGAACCAGCGCACGGCGGCAAAACCGCGGCACGUCAUCGGCGCGGCGAGCGAGGCCUCGAUUCCCUUCUUGCGGGGGACCGGGCUGUACGACAGCGUGGCAUCUACGCUCUCCGACCCGCUAACCACACUCGCCAGUCUAGAUUCCAGCGAAGACACGGAUAGGAAAGUCGUGAUAUACGAUUUCGGCGGACGCGCCGGCGUAGCGUGGAAAUGGGCCGCGGCGAUCGGGGCGAGGUAUCCGAAGACGCGGUACGUGGUGAUCGGGAUGGAGGUGGCGGAUCCGGAAGCGCAGGCGAGUGGGGAGAGGCCGGAGAAGCCGGAUGGGUUGGAGAUCGACCAGGUGAUGGCGGAUACGCUGCUGACGGCGGCGAUGGGACAGGUUGGCGAGAAGGAGUUCUUCGAGGGGUUUGAGGAGUCGUGGCAGGGGUUGAGGGGAGAGGGGAUCAAGGGGUUUAAGGUGAAUUGGGGAGAGGGCAUGGAGAGCGUGAAGGAGGGUUGGGAUAGGUUUGCGAGGAACGAGGUGACGGCUGCCGAGGGGCUUGUGUUUAAGAUCUGAGGGACCCGUCGUGUUGGGAGUACAAGUUUAUCGUGAUGGAUGCCACUCGUUUCUUAGGUACUACCUAGUACAAUCUAAGCGGGAGGAUGAGACUGACAAAACUUAGGAGACCAACAUAUAGGCACACAAUCAAGUAAAAAGGAGCACGUUCUCCAUACCCAAAAGCUCAUAAUAUACUUGAGCGUGAAGGAAUCAAUUUUGAGAUAUACCAUAAGUCAUCAGUAAGGUACCCAAUAUCCCUCAUCCCCUAUAAAAUAUAAUGCCCGAAACCCGACACCAUGCCACCCAGACCCAUCCUAACUCCUUUCCAUGCAGUCAAGUAUCCACGCUCU